CGGCUCAUAGCGUUGGGUAUGUUUGUAGUGGUGAUCGCGUGUUACAUGAAUUCGUUGCCGUUUUUCAUUUACGGCGCUUCCCAUCACUUACUGUACGACUCGGCGUCCAAUACGUCAGACAAGUACCAGUUCUGUGGCACUCAUUCAGAGAUUGACAGCACGUGUGCCAAACAGUCUGUCGAGUCCAACACUUUGCCGGUGAUUAUCAUAUUCUUUACAGCAAACCUACUGAACGGCAUCGGCGGUAACGCCUUCUUCACCGCCGGUUUCACAUAUCUGGACGAUAACGUCCGGAAGGGAGAGUCGGCCAUAUUCUUGGGCGUCACGUAUGCCGUGCGACUGUUGGGCCCGCAAUUGGGCUACUUUUUGGCCGGACUUUGUCUCAAGUAUUGGGAGAACCCUCUCUAUAGCGUGGAUAUCACGGCAAAGGACCCUCGUUAUGUGGGAGCAUGGUGGAUCGGUUUCCUUAUAAUAGGCACUCUUCUCCUCGUCUUCACGUUUCCGAUCGCAUUGUUUCCCAAAAGAAUGCGCGGAAUGACAGUCAAGGGAACAGAAUCUGUGCCUAAAAUCUCAGCUGUGCUAUCAGUGAACGCAGGAAUCGGUUACUUUAUUUUUAAGCCCAAAUACAUGGAAAAUCAAUUCAGGAAAACCUCAUCCGAGGCCAGUCUCAUAACAGGUUACAUAUCUACUGCCUCAAUGCUCUCCAUGUGGUUCAUGGGCUGUGACAACCCAAUGAUGGCAGAGACAAAACUAAUCGACAAUAAACUGUCGCUAAUGAGUACGUGUAACGGCGACUGCCGGUGCACUACCCGUACUUUUCAGCCCGUAUGCGGUGCCGACGGCUUUUCAAACUAUUUUAACCCGUGUUUCGCCGGUUGUACUCAUGAAAUGGGACUCAACGCCAAUAAAGUGGUUCAAUUCGGUGGCUGUAAGUGUGCGGUCGGACAGACAGUGACCAAAGGGUACUGCAGGUCCGACUGUUCGGCGUUCACGCCAUACAUUAGUGUACUGACGGCCGAACAGAUGCUGCAGUCGACGUCCAGAGUCGGCGAUACAUUGAUUUUGUUGCGAUCAGUCGAGGCUCAGGACAAGAGUUUUGCGUUGGGACUCUUGGCCUCAUUAAUCAAUUUAUUCGCCUUCAUUCCGGCGCCCCUAGUGUUCGGUGCGCUGACGGACGCGGCCUGUGAUGUAUGGCAGCGGACGUGCGGUCGGACGGGUCAGUGUUGGCUCUAUAACACGGAUCGGUUCCGGCAUUUACUACACGGAACCGCUUUCUCGCUAAUACUGUUGGCCACUCUCUCCUCCACUGCUAUACUAUUCUUCGCGAAUCGUAUCAAAGAUUUUUACGGCAAUAAAGACGACGACCAGACGUCUAAUAACGAUAGGAAUCUCGAAAUGAGUUUAACUGUAAAUAUAAAUUCCGAUCACAAAGACCCUGAUGUUUGUAUUUAAUUAGCACUCACUCACAUUGUAUACCAUUUUCACAUUUACA